AUGCAUCCUCUGGCCCUUCUCCUCUUUGCAGCUUGCUUGCCCUUUGUUUGGCUGUUGGACUGGACGGCGCUGGAUGAAUAUAUGAACAAGUGUGACUCUGAAUAUCAAUAUACCCUCAAGAAGAAUAAUUCAAUGUACGUGACAGCCACUGCUUAUACCCUCCAAAUGACCUCCCAGAAAUGGCUGGAUGGAUGGGAGAAUAUUACAGGAUAUGAUAUAAUGGCAUAUUCCUGGUGGAGGUUUAUGAAUGACUCAGCUACACCCCCGCAUUGGCUUGCGCAAUUCCCGAUGGUCAAGGCCGCUGUGAAAGCCAUGGACACGAUUAAAAAUUUUAUGAAGAAGCAGGGUUAUAAAGACAUCCAAAACUUUACGUUGACAGGAAUUGCCUCGGGUGGCUGGGUCUCUUGGCUGACAGCAGCAGUUGACCGCAGGGUUGUGGCAAUUAUUCCCAUUGCAAUGGAUUUGCUGAAUUUGACCAAGAAUUUCCAGCACCUAUACUACGCAUAUUGCGGCUGGUCUUACAUGUUGAGGCCUUUCUAUGACAUGAAUAUAACCCAAAGGAUAAACCAUCCCCGUUUCACUGAGCUGGCUUCUCAUGUGGACCCCCUAGCUUACAAUGAGCGAUACAAAAAUGUAUCCAAGUACAUAAUUGUUAUAACAGGAGAUGGAGUCAACCAGCCCGACAACUCUCAUUAUUACUAUUCCCAGCUAGAAGGAGAGAAACAUCUCUAG